AUAAUGUCUAGCAUAAACACCAUUCGGCUAGAGAUUUUAGAUUUAUACACCAUUCGGCUAGAGAUUUUAGAUUCGGCCAAGAGUAAUUUGACUGGUUUUUGGCUUAUAACUCUUGUUCCUAACAUUGUUGUUUAUUUAAUAUUUAACCUGAACUCGUGCAAAACGCGCCCUGCAACUUCAAUCUUUAAUCUUCUACUAUAUAUGAACAGAACAAACCACAGCCAAAUUCUAUAGUAAAAUUACCAACAUUACAACAACAAUGGGCAAGGAGAACCGCCAACUUCAUGUUCUUUUCUUCCCGUUCUUUGCUAACGGUCACAUAAUCCCAUGCGUUGACUUAGCCAGAGUCUUCGCCGCAAGAGGAGUGACAUCCACCAUAGUCACCACCACACACAACGCACCCUUCAUCUCAAGAACGAUAGGAAAAUCCCAAAUUACCCUCAGAACCAUCAAGUUCCCGCCACCAGAGGAAACUGGCUUGCCUGAAGGCUGCGAGAAUUCAGAGUCGGCAUUCGCACCGGAUAAGCUCAUCAAGUUCAUGAAAGCCACCGUGCUCCUUCAACACCCAUUCGAGCAAGUGCUGCAAGAACUGCAUCCGAAUUGUGUUGUUGCAGAUAUGUUCUUCCCUUGGGCCACAGACUCCGCCGCCAAAUUCGGGAUUCCAAGGAUCGUGUUCCAUGGGUUGGGCUUCUUCCCCUUGUGCGUUUCCGCUUGCAUCAGAACUUACAAGCCACAAGACAAGGUUUCAUCCUACACAGAACCUUUCUUGGUUCCCAACCUUCCCGGCGACAUAACUCUGACCAAGAUGCAGUUGCCACAAAUCCCUCGAGAUGACGAGGUAUUCUGCAAGUUGCUUGAUGAUUCCAACGAAUCGGAGUUGAAGAGCUUUGGUGUGAUCGCCAACAGCUUCUACGAACUGGAACCAGUUUACGCCGAUCAUUACACCAAGGAGCUUGGCAGAAGAGCAUGGUCGUUGGGUCCAGUUUCUCUAUGCAAGAGGGAGACGGAGGAAAAAGCAAGCAGAGGAAGCGAAGCACAAAGAAACCAAACUCCGUUAUUUAUGUGUGCUUUGGAAGCAUGACAACGUUCCCAGACGCUCAGCUUAAACAGAUCGCGAUGGGUCUAGAAGCUUCGAAUCAUCCAUUCAUCUGGGUAGUGAACAAAGGAUCAAAAAAGAACGAAGAACAAGAUGAGAAGAAGUUAGAGUGGCUUCCAGAAGGGUUUGAAGAUAGAAUGGAAGGGAAGGGGCUGAUCAUAAGAGGUUGGGCGCCGCAAGUGAUGAUUCUUGAGCACGAAGCAGUUGGCGGGUUUGUUACGCAUUGCGGUUGGAAUUCGACGUUGGAAGGUGUUUGUGCCGGGGUGCCGAUGGUGACGUGGCCGAUGUAUGCAGAGCAGUUUUAUAAUGCGAUGUUUGUGAGGGACAUAGUGAGGAUUGGGGUUGGUGUUGGGGUUCAAACGUGGGUGGGGAUGAUGGGAGGUGAGCCGGUGAAGAAGGAGGUGAUAGAGAAGGCGGUGAAGAGGGUGAUGGAAGGUGAGGAAGCAGAGGAGUUGAGGAGAAGAGCGAAGGAGCUUGGGAAGAAGGCUAAAGAAGCUGUGGAGGAAGGUGGAUCGUCUUAUUCGCAAUUCAACUCUUUGAUUGAGGAUUUAAGAUCGCGUGCUCGAUGAGCUAGUCAAGUAUCUGCACUGAGGAGUACUAGGGCAAGUAAUUUUUGUGAUUUGUAGCCAUCAAAUAGUCAUUAAUAAUGAUUUUAAUGGUAUAAAAUUAGUGUGAGAUUUCAUCAAAUAAUUCACUUUUCUUUACUAGUUACUUUGCUAGUUACAUGUUGGUUAGAAUUUGAUAAAAUUGCUAGUCCUAGACUUUUCCUUCAAUUAUGGCAUGAAGUCAUUUGAGAGAUGCAAUUUGGAAUAUCUAUUUGACCUUAAGUCCAUACAUGCUUGUAUUGUAUUGUAUUCACCAUUUUGAAAUAAUAAUAAUAAUAAUAGUUCUAAAAUAAUUACCGUGGA